AUGUUCUGUCUUCAGUCCUUGGCAUUGAAUUCAAACAAGUUUACCGGCACAAUACCCCCUACGCUCGGUUUACUCUCAAACCUCUUCUGGCUGGAUCUGGCUGACAAUCAGCUCACUGGAUCUAUCCCGGUCUCCACAGCAACAACGCUGGGGCUCGACCAACUUACCCACACGAAGCACUUCCACUUCAACAAGAACCAGCUGUCUGGAACACUCACAGGCCUCUUCAACUCCAACAUGAGCCUGAUCCACAUACUGUUCGACAGCAAUCAACUGACUGGCCCGGAUACCAGAGGAGCUAGGGGGCAUUUCAUCGCUCCAAGUUCUCCUACUAGAUAGGAACAGCCUUAAGGG